AUGAAACCAGGGACCCUGAGCCAAGCGGCUGGCUCGGCUUAUGCAGAGUUUGGAAACACCAAGGUCAUCGCUGGAGUGUAUGGCCCGAGGGAGGCCGAGAGGAAGGAGGUCUUCAGCACAGAGGGGAGGCUGCAGUGCGAUAAUGAUGAGGAGCGGGAGCUGUCCGUCCAGCUCCAGACAGCGCUGGAAGCAGCAGUGCGGUUGCAGACAUUCCCCAAGGCCAAUGUGGACAUCUACUGCCUAGUGUUGGAGUCUGCAGGAGCGGAUCUGGCAGUAUGCAUAUGCGCAGCCUCGCUUGCACUUGCAGAUGCAGGCAUUGAGAUGGAAGACAUGGUGUCAGCAUGCAGCGUGAGUCGGGUGGAUGGGCACCUGCUGUUGGACCCCACCAUUGACGAGGCAUACAGGGAAGACGGCAGCGCUCUGCUUGCCAUGAUGCCAUCAGCCAAUGCGGUGUCACAGGUUGUGCUGACUGGGCAGUGGAGCAAUGCACAGGCCAGCGAGGUGCUGCAGCUGUGCAUGGGCGGGUGUGCGCAGAUAGAUGCCUACAUGCGGCAGUCCAUAAAGGAAGCUGCAGCAGGACAAGUGUGA